AUGGACUUUGUGGGAUCACAGGGGAGAAUCAAGAAGAUACCGGAGACCGUCCUCGCCCGAACGUGCCUCGAGGCCUCUGUGCGAUUGGCCAACCUUCAACCCACGUUGAGUCUGCAGAGUAAGCUUUAUUUUCCCUCUCUUAAUGAGCCAGCAGAAAAGAAAAGCAUCCAUUCCCUCCAUGACCACGGUGACUCAACAACAACCGCUGUGGAGGGAGAUCGUUUCCUCUCCCCUCCAUCAUCACUCUUAGACAAAUCACCUAACCGUGUGAUGAAGCUGUGGCAAUUAGCAUUCGCUCUCACCGCUGUUACUACUACCACUCCUCACCUCCUCUUUGGAUGUGGCCAAGCCUCGAGCCGACUGGCACAGGCUCGCCUGAAUUGGGGAGCUCGCGUACACGAGAGCGUGAUUGGCCCAAUGAAACGCAUAGCUGAUGCAACCGGACCGAACAGUGAGAUGGCACGAGCUCGAAGGCAGGCCUGGCGUGCUGGCGGCGAGUUGCGUUCUGUUAGCGAACGCGCUGCCCGUGCUUCUACCUCAGCGGUCAGCUCUCAAGGCACCUUGAAUGAGGAGGCUCAAUCACCGAAUGGAUCUGAUGGAAACUGGCAUCAACUUCCAUUGUCAGCGAAUCUGUCAACACCGAUGAAUUCUCCUAGUCAAGGGGACGGAAAUUCGGCGGAAAGUAGCCAAUCAGGACGUAGUAUCCUUAGAAGCGCGCCGAUACCGAUUUCUCAAAGCAGCCACCAGUCUCCACCGGUCACCGCUUCGUCUAAGGAAACUGUAUCUCCUGGGGGGGUUACAGCAGUUACCCCGAACGGCGAUGGAAGUUUCAUUAGGACGGCCAAAGCGACUCAGCUGAACGCGAUUAAAGAGGACUUGGAAGCGGAAUCGCAACUUUUCAAGGAGAAGGCUUUGCGUGAGCUCUUCAACUUUGAGACGAUCUCCACACUGGAAUUUUCGCAGGCCCUUGUGGAGAUGGUUGAGAUUUCAGCUGCCUACCAUCGCACCUGUGCGGCCAUUUUGGAGGAAUUGGCACCCCUCCUGCGAGCCGAACUGGAUGAACAGUGCCCCCUGCCCGUGUAUGGACGCAGCCUAGAGUCGCAUUUGGCGGUGACCCACGCGAAGAUUGCCUACCCUCUGCGACAAUGCAUUCGGGCGUUGAAUAACCCCACGGCUCUUUGUGAAGAGGGAAUUUUUCGAAUCGCUGGAAGCAAAACCAAAGUCGACACGCUAAAGAGCGCGUUGAAUUCGUUGCGAGCAGGCACUGUGAUCUCACAGUACGACCCCUAUGUGGUGGCGGACGCGAUGAAGCAGUACCUACGCAGCCUUCCACAACCUCUCCUUACCUCCCACCUCCUCGGCGAAUGGACCCGAGCCCUGGAAAUAAAAGAUAAAGCAGUACAGUUGCGUCGUCUUCGGCAAAUUGCUCAUCGAAUGCCGCCGGAGUAUGAGCGAAACGCCGGCUACCUCUUCCGUUUCCUACAUCGCUUCACAGAGUAUUCAGUACGCAAUCGCAUGACUCCCGCUGGUCUAGCCAUCAUCUUUGGCCCCUCCCUACUGGCUCCCCCUGUUCCCGCUGUCUCCCCUUCCUCCUCUGCCUCCACAAGUGCAGACGGACCUCCAACCACAGCCUCGGUGGAUUCCAAUUGUGGUGGUCAUCAGAAUGAAACUGUACCAGCACAAUUGGCCAUCCAGGGCACCUAUAAAGGCCUCAUCGAACUCCUUAUCGUGCACGCCAAUGAAAUUUUCCCUCUACAUCCUGACGAUGAAGAAGACGAGGCGGAAGUCAAUUUCGAUGUGAUUGACAACAUUUCCCUUACCUCCGAACCUACUUCUUCCACCUCCGUCCGCCCCUUCACCCCGUCUGACCUUCUCAGUCGACGUGCGCAACGUGCAAUGACAGAAUUCGCACGCCAAUCGCGCGCGAUUCGAACGCUUCCACAGCGUUUACGGGCAAAGCACUGGAAAGUCGUCAACACCACCUCCACCGCCAGCACUCUAGCCUCAACUAAUCCAAUCCCAGUCUCCGCCCCUGUUGGGCGGUCCCUAACUCCCAUACCAGUUCGAAAGGUCGCUGACCUUGAUCUUGACAGGACGUCACGUUUGGACCGUACAAGGAGUCUGACGCAGGAGGAGAUACCGGUGAUGGUUAAGGAGGAGGAGGUGGCGGCGACAAGGGCAAAGUCCCCACAACUACGUCAGCCGCUACGCAGUGCCCUUCAAAGGCAACACAUGGAAUGGAGGAGAGCGAUGCUGGAAGUGACAGAGGAUGAUGGCGAUGGUGGUGAGGGAGGAGAGGAGCAAAAAUCCUCCAUCCAUGGCGAUCUCUACGACACUCUGUUCACUCUACAGACGCUGAAUAGCAAGUCAGGGGUGGAGGAGUUAUUGGCGAGGGUGCGGUCAGUGUAUGAGGCGAGAAGUGUUAUGGGUAAAUCGACACUUACCUCUCAGACCGAUAGCAGUGAUACUGCUGGUGCUCGUGAGAAAAAGGCCGGCAAAGGCGGAUUGUACAUGAUCAGACGCCACUCAACAUCGAGUCUGUCGAUGUUGGAGCACAAUAGGCCACGACUGAACAACAUCGUCGCCACUACUGCUACAACGCAAAUGACCCAAUCGUCAAAGGUGGCGAACCAUCGAAAGAAGUGUUGUACUACACCGGAUCCGUUGAACGGUCGCACACUGCACAGAUUCACCAUGCCCCUCUUCACCACCAUGGACAUAGAAGGCAAAAGGCGGCCAUUUAGCACUCUGAGCCGGUUUCAGCGUUUCCCUGUCAGUGAAACCGAAGGAGGCGUGUCGUCAAACAUGGACUCGACGACUUCUAUGGUUGCACUUUUAACCACCGCGGAUGUGGAAAACUGUCGAUGGCGGUGUGAGCCACUGACACGACCCUCCAAAGGAACGCCUCUACCCCGAGCAGGUGUUGUUGAUCUUAGUUCCGUCUCUGAUAGGCGAAAGGUGGUUUCUGCCAACGUUUCUACGGCGAACUAUCCUGCAACUUCCCUUGAAGGUAAAGCCUAG